AUGGCGGCACGCGACGCGAGCACGCAGCGCGUUGGGUCUUGCAACGACAAUGCGAAAAUGGCGGCAAUUUGAAUGCGAACACAGCUCGCAGGGUUGUUUUGCGCGCGUAGAGUACGGCGUAUCGACUGAAUUUGGGUUGGGGAAGUGGAGAAUAAGGAAAUGGAACUUACAGAUAGUAUUUCUCGGAGAUUACAAACCAGAAAGGCAGUCAGCGGGCAGUUGGAAGGUUGUGCUGAGGUUUAUAAAAAAAAGUGUUCUGGGUGAAGAUUAUGGUUUUUCAGGAACACCGGAAAGGAUCAAAUCGUUCGAUGUGUCGUCGUGAACAAUGUGAUUGUCGGAGCACUUCUGAUCGGAGAAACGGAUAUGGAGGAGACACUGGAGAACCUGAUUCUCAACAAGACGGACCUCGAGGGUAUCUCAGAGACAUUUCUCGAUCCCGGUGUCGAUCUCGAUGACUAUUUCGACUGA